ACAUGAAUGACGUGCGUCUCGUUGCCACGACUUUGCCUACUUGAUAUUUAUAGACUCACAUAUAUUUAUUUGGUGGGUAUGGACCCCCCCCCCACUAUAUGGGACGACGACUUGGUAAGAUAUACAGGAAGUCGAUGGGUGCAGAUGGCUCAGGACCGUGCUUUGAGGCCUUCCUUGGGGGAGGUGUAUGAUCAGCAAUGGGCCUUUGAAGGACUGUAAUGAUGAUGAUAAUAAUGAAAUAUUUAUUUAAAACUAAUUUCUAGCACCUCAAAUCACGGGUUCUUCUUGAUAAAGUUCUAUAAAAUAGUGGAAUCGUUAGCAUCACAGUAGGUCUUUUUUUACAUGAGGAAAUGCCUACGCAUACCCGCCUCGCGGGAGCAAGGACGGGUUAUGUCGGGCUCGCACCGACUAAAACCCCAUGGUAUUCCACCGCAUAUUGGCAGGGCUAUUAGAACGCUUUCGCACACAUCCGCGGCCCCACCAGCGCCGGCCUCCCCAUGGCAGCCCCUCUUCGGGGGAGGAUUUCUCCUCCCCAUUCUCCUUCUCAGGCAAAGCGCACCAGGAACGCAAGGCACGCCUUCCUCCACGGCCUCUAACUACACCCGCGUAACGGGCUCCCCGAUUCCGAUACGCAGAAGCCAUCAGGCCAGGAAAAUCGAGCGCUCGGUAGCACCCGCUUUCCCAAACCCAGCGGCGGAUCUGGUCUUUGGCUCCAUCGCCAACCAAGUUCGGCCGCGGAAAGUAGGGACAGCGGCCCCUCACAAUACCGACACUCCUCUUCCCCCGCGGCCCCACCACAUCCGACGUAUUAACGGUGCGGCUCCGUCAGAGUCGCGGAGGAUAGGGAGAGUGGCGCAUCGCCAUACCAACACUCCUCUUCCCUUGCGACUCCUCUCUCGCCGCAGCCCACCGACACACAUCCGAAGUUGGCACAUCGGGCCGGCCCCGCACCACGGGCUAGCCAAGGGGUUCCCCUUUGUUCACCGCGGCUGACCAAGCCACGGCUACUAAGCCUCCCGCCACGACAAGGCGGGAACCCGUCCGGGGGGACAUUCUAUGUCUAAGUUAAGAUAACACUGUUCCUUUCAUUCCAUCCCCUAUCAUUCAUUCAAUAAUAAACUUUUUAAAUAACGCUGAAUUUACUGUGUAGUGGCGGUGUAAUGUAAGUCAUAUCCUCCUGUGGUUGUAGUAAGAGGCGAAAGAGGGAAUAAAUGAGGAGGUGUGCAGCAGCUUCUUCCUAAUAAUACUAAAAUUAAGAAAACUGUGGUUGCCAACUCACUUCCCAAGAGGCAUUCUAUGGGAGAUACCUAUGUUCAGCAGUGGACUUAAAUAAGCUGUAACGCUGAAGUGAUGGGAUGGAUAGUAGACAUGACACGUUUUAAAUUAAAGUACAAAAUUAAUGGUUACAUACUACGUAGAAAAAUAUUUUGACACUAUUGUAAAGAAGAUAUUUUCAAAAUUAUUUCCUUGUGCAUUGCAUAUAACUUAUUCUUUUUUAACUCGUUGUGUAUUAUUGACACCUGUCUGUAUAUAAUUCGUUCUUUGAGUAAACAUUAAAAUAAAACUGAAAAUCGUAAAUAUUGGUAAAAUAAUGUAUUUUUACGUACGUUAUUGGUCUCAUAAAGUAUAAAGUACGUUUGCCCGACAUAGCGUACAAUACUUGCAUCUCUAACAGCGAUACGAAUACACACCAGCAGUCCUUUUACUCGUGCCAAAAAACCGACAUCGAGUGGAGAACAGUGUGCCUAGUGCGAGUUUUUUUACGCGCUCGAUAGCGAGAAAGUUAACUACAAUUUGUAUGGAAUAAAAUCAGCGCCAACUAGUGGCAAUAAUCGGAAUCACAGUUCAUGAGUGCGAGUUUAUUACGUCGUCGAUAUCGACCAUCGAGCUGCUCGAUCGAUCGAUUCGAGCAUUCACUCACAUUCGACAGCGAGAACGUAAACGCACGUGAUUGGUUGUUUCAAGAAUUUUGCGAGUGCGAGUUCCAAUUUUGAUAAAGUUUACGCGGUCGAUAUCGAAAAAGUUUUCACCUAAAUUUUGACAGUGAGAAAGCAUAGUGAGAACGAUUGUUGAAGGUUUAAUUUUAUUUCGGUUUGUGUGAACAAUAUUUAAUUAUGGCAGGACGUUUUUUUUCGCAUGGAGGAUGUUUACAGCCGCUAAGGCACAAGAUGAGCGCAAUUAUAAAGCCAAUGUUGAAAGAAGAACUCGUGCAUCUUUGAACCCUUUGUUACACCUCACGGGGAGGCACUUUAAAGAUAGAUAUCGCAUUUCCAAGAAAGUCUUCAAGUUUUUGUGUAAAGAGCUAAGGAGUUUGACAAAUCUUAGGUCCUCUCAACGCGUUUCCUUGGAACAUAAAGUAUGUAUCGAUCAUUAAAGUAUUCACAUUUUUGCAACUCAAGUUUAAAACAAGUGCAAGUUUAAAUAUAAGUUUGUUCUCUUUUUAAUUGCAGGUGCUCACUGCUCUAUUCUUUUUUGCAACUGGAUCCUACCAAAUGCCAGUUGGGGUUACAAAGCACACGUCUCAAAUAAUGUGUAGUGUGUACAUAGAAGAAGUUACCCAGCGCUGACACACAAAAAUAUAAUAAAUAAAUAUAUUCGGUUCCCUGAUACUCCAGCUGCUAGACAAGCAGUUAGUCAACGAUAAUAAAUAUAUGCUUAUUUUUAAACAACCUAAUGCAAAUUAAUCAUUAGAUUCAGUUAAUAUUUAUUUUAAAAUUCAGUUUUUACAGAAAAUAUGAAAUCCCUGGAGUGGUAGGUUGUAUUGAUGGAAGUCAUUUUAAAAUAGUUGCCCCACCAAAAGAAGAGGAACAUUUGUAUUAUAGUUGUAAGCACUACCAUUCACUUAAUGUUCAAAUGGUAUGUGAUGAUGAAUAUAGAAUUUUAAAUGUGAAUUCCAAGUUUGGAGGUGCUAAUCAUGAUUCCUUUAUAUGGGAAAACAGUAAUUUAAACACAUACAUGCAAUCUUUGCACCAAAAUGGAGAAAUUGUCUGGCUUUUAGGAGAUUCUGGAUAUCCCCAACGCCCAUGGCUUAUGACACCAUUUUUAGACACUGAGUCCAAUAAUUAUAAUGAAAAACACAUGAGAGCUCAAGUUGUUAUUGAGAACACAUUUUCAAGGCUGAAAAAUCGAUGACGAUGUCUGCACAAGGAUAGAGUUUUGCACUACAAGCCCGUAAAAUGUGCACACAUUAUUUUAGCAUGCUCUGUGUUACAUAAUAUAAUUAUUAAUUUUGGUGUUGCGGAUACAGAGGAAAAUAUAGGUCUGCAAUUUGAAAGAAUGGUGGAAUCUGAUCAAAUAAGUUACACAGAAAGAGAACCUACCUCUGAUUUAAUUCAAGGUAGAAUAUUAAGAGAUCAAUUAGCAAGAAGGUUACUAUAGGGAUUAAAUAAAUAAAUUUGAAUAAGCUU